UACCCACCAGAAACAAGAAGAACAAAAACUCAACGAGCAAUCUCUUACACUUUAUCAAUAUAUAUAUACUACUACCACAUUGUGCAACCGACAUUUACACCAUGGUGAAACAAGAACGCAAGAUCCAAAGCGACACGAAGAAGGAAAUGUCUUUGUCUUCAUCACAGUCUCAUUCUUCAUCUUCAUCUUCUUGUUCGUCUUCGUCUUCUUGUAAGAACAAGAAGAAUAAGAUUAAGAAGUACAAAGGAGUGAGGAUGAGAAGUUGGGGGUCAUGGGUAUCUGAAAUCAGGGCACCAAAUCAGAAGACAAGGAUUUGGUUAGGUUCUUACUCAACAGCUGAAGCAGCUGCUAGGGCUUACGAUGUUGCACUCUUGUGUCUCAAAGGCCCUCAAGCCAAUCUUAACUUCCCUACCUCUUCUUCUCAUCAUCUUCUUGACGAUAUCUUAGAUGAAAAGACACUUAUGUCCCCCAAAUCCAUCCAAAGAGUCGCCGCUCAAGCUGCCAACUCAUUUGACCUUGUCGCCCCUUCUUCUUCAUCAGCCGCCUCGUCACCGUCCCAUCAUGAUCAUGAUGAUAAUGAUAAUGAUAAUGAUGAUGACGGGAUGCAAACUUUGCUAGGAUCUUUCGUGCAAGAUCAUGUGUCUUUGAUGGAUCCUUCAUCAUCAUGGUACGAUGAUCAUAAUGGAAUGUUCUUUUUCGAUGAUGGAGCUCCUUUUGAUUACUCUCCUCAACUUAACUCGACGACGAUGCUUGAUGAAUACUUGUACGAAGAUGGUGACAUUCCACUUUGGAGCUUCAGUUGAUGAUCCGACGGUUCACAGAAUACAUACUUUAAUUAGUUUUAUAUACAUACAUAUAUAUAUUUCUAUCAUUUUUUCAAUUCUUUUUAUACUAAAUGUUAAUUAACUUACCAUCCUCGUAACUAUUCUUUCCCAAGUUGUUGUUUGUUACUUGGAGAGAAUUGACGACGGAUACGAAUAUAAUACAUUAAAUAAUGCAAUUGGUUUUCAUAUGUA